AUGAAGGGUGCUUUCCUUGCCACUGCGGCUGCCCUCGCCGGUACCGCUCUGGCUGAUGGCGGCGCUCACAUGCGUCGUCACGGUCACGACUCUUUCCACCAGCGUCGUGCCGUUCAGGCUGAGCCCGAGGAGUCUUGCGGCUGCACCACCGAGGUCAUCACCGUCUGGGGAACCCCUACCCUCGUGCCCGCUGCGGUCCCUACCACUGUGACUUCCGACGUCGUCACCACCCUCCACUCCACCAGCUACACCACCGUCACCGUUGUCGCUACCCCCGGCGAGUCGACUGCCCCUGCUGAGGCUGCUACCACUGCCGAGGGUGCUGGUGCUACUGGCGGUGCUGCUGGCAACGCCUCUCCCAGCGAGUCUACCCCUGCUGGUGGUGCCACCGGUGGUGCUGCCGGUGCUGCUUCUGGCACUUCCUCCACCCCCGAGGGUGUCGCUGCCACCGGUGCUGCUGGCGGCAAUGUCGGCCAGGUCUCUUCCUCCACCCCUGUCGCUGCUGCUACCACCUCCAGCCAGGCUGUUGUCCCCACCCCGGAGACCACCACCUUCUCCACCACUGGUGUCUACACUAUCCCCGCGGCUACCGUGACCGUCUCCGACACCACCUCCGUUGUCGCCGGCACCACUACCUCCCUGGCUAGCGGUACCCAGACCUACGGUGGUGUUACCACUAUCGUCGAGACCUCGACCACCGUCACCUGCCCCUACGCCACCGUCUCUCCCUCUGGCUCCACCGUCACCAGCAUCAUCCAGACCACCACCUACGUCUGCCCCGAGGCUGGUACCUACACCAUUGCUCCCACCACCACCUACGUUCCCUCCAACACCGUCGUGACCUACCCCACCGUCUCCACGGUCACCCCCGGCACCUACACCCACAGCGCUAUCACUGUGACCGCCACCGUUACUGACUACACCUACACUUGCCCCUUCGCCAACGCCAACGAGCCCACCAGCACCCCUGCUGCCGCUACCACUAGCGCUGUUGUGGUGACCACCCCGGCUCCUGCCACCACCACCGCUGCCGCUGUCACUUCCUCCGUCCAGUCCAGCACUGUCGCCAGCUCCAGCGCCGCCGCCAGCUCUGGCGUCAGCGCCAGCGGCAACAGCAUGGGAAUGACCUACACUCCCUACAGCAACUCCGGUGGUUGCAAGUCCAAGGCCACCGUCGAGUCGGACAUUGAGACCAUCGCCAACAAGGGCUUCACCCACAUCCGUCUCUACUCCACCGACUGCAGCACCCUCGAAUACGUUGGUUCCGCUGCCAGCAAGUACGGCCUCAAGCUGAUCCUCGGUGUCUACAUCUCCAGCACCGGCACCUCGGGUGCUCAGGACCAGGUCACUGCCAUCACCGAGUGGGGUCAGUGGUCCAUGGUUACCCUCAUCGUUGUCGGUAACGAGGCCAUCUCCGACGGUUACACCACCGCCAGCGAGCUCGCCACCUUCAUCUCCUCCUGCAAGUCCAGCUUCGAGGCUGCCGGCUACACUGGCCAGAUCACCACCACUGAGCCUGUCGACAUCUGGCAGGAGUACGGCAGCAGCACCCUGUGCUCUGUCGUUGACGUCCUCGGUGCCAACAUCCACCCCUUCUUCAACUCCGAGACCACCGCCGCCGAGGCCGGUACCUUCGCCUCCACCGAGGUCGCCCUCCUGAAGAAGAUCUGUACCGACAUGGAUGUCAUCAACCUCGAGACUGGCUGGCCGAGCAAGGGUAACGCCAACGGUGCUGCCGUCCCCGGUACCUCCGAGCAGGCCACCGCCAUCAAGGGCAUCCGCGAGUCCGUUGGAGAGCUGUCCGUCUUCUUCUCCUACGCCAACGACCUGUGGAAGGACCCCGGCGAGUACGACGUUGAGCAGUACUGGGGUUGCAUUGACCAGUUCUAA